GAGAACAUAUAAUGUAGAAAAGGACCAAAAGAAAAGGCUGAACUCUGACCGUUCGUAACGAUGAAACUAAGAAAUGGUAAUAUUGACAACGGAUAAGCCGGAGGCAUGAAGCCAGAAAUUCUAAGUAAGCGGAAUAGACACAACGGACGACGACGACGACGACGACGACGACGACGACGACGAUGAUGAAGAAAGAGAAAAAGAGAUAGAGAUAGACACGGACAAGCGAGCGAAUAAAUGUGCGAUUUAAAAGAGAGCGUGCGCGAGAGCGUGAGUGUUAGUGCAAGGAAAAGGGUAGGAGGGUAGUACUUAUGAGGGAGCUAGAGGAGUGGUGCGAGAGAGAGAGAGAGAGAGAGAGAGAGAGAAAGAGAGAGGGAAAGAAAAAGAGAGAGAGAGAGAGAGAGAGAGGGCAGUAGGGAGUAUCCACGGGGGAGUAACGUUGCGGACUAUCGACCCGAUACGGUUUAGCGCCUGCGCCUGCAUCACAACCCUCCUGCCAUGACUCGAUGGUGGUGGUGGUGGUGGUAGCCGUCUUGCCGGCGACGCGGCGCCCUACGCAACGUCGGUGCGAUCGGUGGUGCGACGUUGGACCAGUGCCUCUCACGAUUCCGUUCUUGCUCCGUUCGUCUGGCCGUCUCGUCGUUUCGUCGUUUCGUCGUUUCGUCUCGUCGGCUAAUCUCGAGAAGUCCUCGUCGUCUUUCUCUUCAUUGAAAGCUCUCAUAACACUUUAACAAAAUUUAUCGAUCACUUCUGUGUUCGUAAAGUGCAUUUUUCCUCUGUCGUUAAUAAGUUAAAAAGUUACUCGAACGUCCAAAAUAUUUAGAAAUAACAUAACUUUAAAUUCAUUAAUCGAGAAUCGUGUUUAAAGCAUAAGUCCAUUAAUUUUUUUCGAUUUUUCCUGUCACACGGAUUUAUCACGACGAUGACAACGAUGAUGAUGAUAAUGAUAAUCUUGACAAUGAUAAUGAUGACGAUGAUGAUCAUAACGAUGAUGAUAAUGAUAACGACGAUGAUAAUAAUAAUGAUAACGGGGGUGCUACUACCUUUAUGGGACUCUACUGUUAGAGUGGAGAAUCAGAAGGAUAGACUAAGGGACAUUCUCUUCGUUUAAAUUACAUCGAUUUGAAAUUACAUCAAAUUUAAGACGAAGAAGAGGAAGAAAAUCAAGGAUAACAAAGAUAACAAUAAGAUAUCAAAGAGGAAAGAAGAAGGAAGAAAAUCCUGAAUCUUUUUUUUUGGAUUAUAAUCGUCACGAAUAUUCAACGGGAGAAAGGCAACCUGGCCUGGCCCGUGGGCAAGAUCGUCGCUUCUAACGGACCCGUCGCUGUAAUAGCGGCUGUGUGUCACCAUCCUUGCACUGCCCCAUACACCGCGGCCUCAUGAUCGGUUCAUUCUGGAACCUUUGUCGUGCGUGUCCUUCGAUGCCGAUUGACAAGCAGCUCCAUUCGGAAUACAGGAGCACGUACACAUGGCACGAAUAUACAGGGCCGCAACAAGAGCAUACAAUCGUUCGCCGGGCGCCUCAACCACCACCGACGUCCACCAAACAGGCGAACGCAAAACUGCAGUCGGCGAAGUCAACCGAGGACGAGAACAGCGAAGGACCUACCUUAGAACCGCCAUUGCCGAGAAGAAAGAAAUGUCCCGAAUUGGCGUACAAGACUCACGAAUUUAUUCCGACGGCGGACGGCGGUGGUUUGGACGUUAUAGAUUCGAAUCUCGUAGCUGAUAAGGUUCAGGAAGUAACAAGCACUGUACCAGCUAGUCAACUGAGCAAGGCGAUAUCUCGUAUCAGUACCGAAUACCGUUUACAAUUCGCAUGGCCUAGACGACCCCAAUUAACGAACGGCGAUGCAGGAGCACCCAUUAUAUCGACGGGAGCAUCCUUAGGUGCUGGUGGACCUCCAAGAAAAUCUCUCAGUAUGGGAGCACUCAAACAGGGUAUCGUACCUUCUGGUCCCGCGCCAGUUCAUAAGAAAAGACCUGGGGAUGUGGAUCACAAACGGGACGGCGUCCAAGCGUCCGAAUUAGAACCAUUGGUGGGCGGGACAGGUACGGACACUAUCGAUGGAACGGUUCUAGAAGGAGACGAACGCGAAGAGGAUACGUCAGAUUUAAAGAUAGCGUUCAGGGGUAGAAAAUCAGGGGGUAAAACCGUAAGGAUAUCGGGAAGUGACGAUAAAGCGGCGAGCAAAUCGCAAGAGAAACCAUUCCCUACGGCAGAGGUGAUCGAACUAAGACGACUCGCUGACGAGUACAAGCAUCGUGACUGGGGUUGCGGUCUGACAGCCGAGGAUGAAGCUUCCCUGUGGAAACGAGUGUCCAGUAACCACGCUCUCAACGCUCUAUCUCUUGCCAGAUCAGUGACGAAGGAAGAAAAGAACAAAGAAAAUACGAGGAAAGUGACCCCGGUUAUAGCGGCGAUGACGAUGCCACCAGCAGGUAGACCAUCCUCGGUUCAAGCAAGACCAAUUCAUGUUACACAGCAAGAUGAUUUGAAGUUGGAUAACGAAAAAACCGUAGGUCGCGCGAGAAAAGAUUUCUUGAUCCGUCAUCAUCUUGAUCGCACUACUGGCGUAGGCGACGGUGCACUACUCCCCUCUCCAACGAGAGAGAAGUUGGAGCCCGUAAUACCGCGACGACGCGAGGAAUCGAGAGAACACCGAGAAGAGAUCCAACCAAGAACCAAGUCCAGUCCGAAGAAUAGUCCACGUACUGGACGUUCUCAGAGUCUUGGACCUAGCGUUACCGAACGUAGGUCACCGAAACGGCAACCUCCACGUGCACCAUCUGUGACAAAGGAUAUGAAGGAGAAAGAGAGAGAGAAGGAAUUUAAGGAUAAAGAUAGAGAUCAAAAGGAUAGAAGCGCUGAAAUCGAGAGACCACGGCCAAUGACGGCAGAGCCCCAGCUGAACGGUGAUGCAACGGGAGGUGACUCGAGCGUGGCUUCAACACCUCCGUCGCAAACACGAGCUAUCUCAGCUGGUGCUGGUACUUGGAUCGAUGAUGAGCCAGUCGUAAAGAGUCCACCGGAACCAACGCGUGUGAAAUCGCCGGAACAAAUGAUUAUGCGCUCUCCUGAACCGGUUAACUGGACAGUGCCCCUCGAUACCGGGAAGACGUUUACCGUUACGCAAAACGUCAGAGAGGAGCCCCUGACGCGUCCUCAUAGCGAAGCAAAGACGUGGGCACCGUCGUGCGUACCAUCGGCACCGCAAUCGGCUCCUCCGGAGUUAGCAGCUCAGCACAAGUCGCAGCAUCAUUCUCAACAUUCCGGUUAUAAGUCGCCGGAAAGCGAGAGCGUCUCUCUUGGCAGUUUCGGCGGGAUUACCGAUCAAAAGGAGGACAUGGAUUCGGGACGUGCAAGUCCUUGUUCAUUGCCGACGAAAGUAGAGAACUUAUCCACUGGAGAAUCCGUGAUCGCAUCUGGUCAAGAUGAGAAGAAAUCGUACGACGCUGGUGGAGAACAGGAUAAGGGAGAACCGGUGAAAUCGAUAGGUAGUAGCAAUUUAAAAUGUCUCGAGGAUCCAUCGUUCGAAUUAGAACGUAAGAAGAUCGAUUCAGGAGUUCCUACGACAACAACAACAGCGACGACAACGACGUCGACGUCGAAUGUACCGCAUCAGCCGUACCGUAUUCUCGAAGCUGAAUCACCUCAAAGUGGGGUAGGUAGCGAAGGAACUGCAGGAGGAGGUGGCGGCGGCGGUGGUGGUGGUGGAGGUGGUGGUGGUGGUGGUGGUGGUGGAAGUGGAGAAACAGGAACGCCUAUCAGCAGCAGCAGCAGCAGCAGCAGCACUACUACCACCGCCGCGACGGCUGGUUAUCACGUGUUAGAGGCACCACCGGUUCAGGUGAUACCAGGUACGGCUCAUCGUUCAACGGCGACCGAUGUCUUAGAAAAAGCACGAAAUCGCUUUGAUAAAUUCUGGGGAAAAGGUAGUCCCUCUGAGAAUUAGAAUCCUACGGAAUAAACUAGUAGUUAUGACCGCGACAAUGAAUUCGAAGAGGAGGGGAAUGUACGUGUAGAACGAGAGGAGAGUUGUUCAUGAGAAGCGAUCAAGGAGAGGGAGAAGAUGGGAGGAAGGAGUUUGUUUAUAAACUUUGGACGGAGUUCCUGAAAGCAGUUAUCCCGUCGUUUCCUUCGCUCGUCCGACACGCGAGCACGUACAAUAUUUAAUCUUGCAAUUGGAAGCUAUCGUAGAUGGAAUAGAGAUGGUUUCGUGCGAGCGUUAGAAAAAAUUCAAGACUUCGAAGAACGUACAUCUUUAAUCGGAGAAGAAAGAAUUAUACACGAAGAACGAACCAUUAGAGUCACGAUCUAAUGGCAAUUCCUAUCGAAGAAGACGGGUAAAGAAGAAGACGUUCGAGCGAAAGCAACGGCAGGAUCGCCUAUGGAUGCGUUGUAGAAGCUUCGAGGAUUCCUUUCGGGAUUACGUUUUCGAAACGUUACAGUUCGCGUGUCUCAUAUUCGUUAGUGCGUUGUAUAAUAUAGCCACGUGUGGGUGAUAAACACCGAACAACAUCUUGUAUCGAGAUCCAUGUAGACGGUGAGUGUCUGAAGGAUAGGUAUCAAUGUCGUUAAAGUUUUGGAAGCUGCGUGCGAAUACAUAUAAGUUAUAAGCUCGACUCGUAUUAGAUUCGCGUCGAUGAUAUUCUUACGUAUAAAUCAAUGUCACGUUCGUGGUAACCGUAUGUAUGUUUCUUUUACAUACGUACGAGUUUAUUGAAUAUUCGAAGUAAAUAUACACACGUACAUACUUAUACGUUACGUACGAAACUUCCUUUACAUUAGAUUCGAAUAAUCGUGUAAGAUCAUAUAUCGUAGCCGAGAGACGUGCGAUUUUUUCUUUUUUUCCUUUUUUGCGAGGGUGGUCGGGGAAUUUCAAUCAAAAAGAAAAUAAAAAAAGAUGAAAACAAAGAAAGAGAAGAAGAACGCACAUAGACUCGACGAAGAAAGAGGCUUGUCACUCUUUGUAGAAGCAAAAAAGCCAAAAAAAAAA